UAAUAAUCUAGUUACCCUAUUCCCAAACGGCUAUCAGGUCACACAGUCCCAGUGAAACCAAAUCUCCGCCGCUGCAUCUGCGAUUUCGUAACGGUCUCCACCGCCGCUUCUCCACCACUCCUCGCUCUCUCGGAAAUAUCUUUCACAAAAUAAAGUUCUUGAGCAGCUAAGUUACUUAUAUACAUUUAUGGACAAUGAGGAAGCCCCAAAAACCUCCAGAAGAAAGACAAGGUCUUCGGCAGCAUCAACAUCAACAUCCACUUCAAAUAUUCAACAUGACCUAAAACUGAACAACCCCGAAACUCUAACAAUUAACAACCUUUUAGUUGGAGGAGACUCCAUUACCCUAGAUGAUAUAGUUUCCAAUUUUCCCGGUGCAAGUAGCCAAAUUCUUGAGAUUGUGCGUCUUUUGGGACCGUUAAAUUCACCCUUACUUCCUUUGUUUGUGUAUGGAGGUGCUUCUACUGGAAAAACCAGUAUCAUUCUUCAAUUGUUUAGACAUCUCAACAGGCCUAUCGUCUAUUCUAGUUGUAGGACGUGUUAUAAUCAGCGCAUAUUGUUCGAGUCUGUUCUAAAUCAGUUGCUUCUCCAUACCAAAAAUGUUGCCAAUUGUUAUACGAAUGCUAAGCGCUGUGAACGACCGUCUGAUUUCGUCAAUUUCCUUCGGGAAGCAUUGACCGGUGUUAUAAGUAAUCUCAAGGAGAAAUCAGAAAAGUUGGCCGCAGAAAACAAGAUGCAUGGCGGAAUGGGAAAUAUGAUCUACUUAGUAUUUGACAAUUUUCAUCUUGUUAGAGAUUGGGAUAAAAGCUCUACUAUAUUGCCCUUAUUGUUUAAUCUCUAUGAUAUGCUAAAGAUGCCCGAGGUUGGUUUCAUUUUCGUCAGUAGUACUUCCCCUGAUACCUUUUACUCUAACAUGGGUUAUGUUGAGCCCGUCCCCGUCUGCUUUCCUGAUUACACAGAAGCUGAUAUUCGUCAAAUAUUAUUGAAAAACCAAGCAAACCAGAAGUUGUAUUCUUCAUUUCUCGAUGUAGCUCUGAGACCUUUAUGUAGAAUUAGUAGGCAGGUGGAUGAAUUGUCUACUGCCUUAAAGCCACUAUUUGAAAAAUAUUGUGAACCUUUGAGUGAUAAGGGAAAGGGAGUUGUCCCUACAGAAGACAUGAAGAGGAGGCUAUUCAAUCAUAUCAGGCCUCAUAUUGCCUCAUCUCUGAAUGAUGUAUUUAAGGUUUCGCCUCCUCCUUCAAGUGAAGUUAGGGACAGUAAAGAGACAAAGCAUAAGGGAAAGAGAUUAGAGAAGUUUGAGGAAAUCGGCGAUCUUGAUUUUUAUAUGUCAACUAGUGCAAAGUAUCUUCUUAUUUCAUCAUUUCUUGCCUCCAGAAACCCUGCCACUCUUGAUGCUUCACUUUUUGAUUCCAAAGGUGGUUCUGAUAAUCGAAAGCGAAAGAGGAAGGCUUCAGAGAAAGUGCUGGAAAAGAAGGAAAUUUUAGAAGAGGAACUACUAAUGAAAGGGCCUGGAACUUUCCCAUUGGAGAGGUUGAUAGCCAUCUUUCAGUGUAUUGUAUCUGUUGCAGAAGAACCAUACGAUGAAGAACAAAACAACGAUGAAUUAGGAGCUGAAUGUAGCAACGGUUCACUGAUUUCCGACGUUCUCUUGCAGCUUUCAACUCUCUGCAAUGCUAAUUUUAUUUUCAAAGGGAAAAGCUGUCCAAUUGAGGGCUCUACUCGGUAUCGAUCAACUAUUUCUGAAAACCUGGCCUUAAAGGUUGCAAGGAGCCUAAAGUUCCCAUUGUCAAAGUAUUUGUACAGAAAUUAGUAUUAGUAAUCUUUGACAUUGACAGCUUCGUAGAGCUUGAUUGUCCAAUUUUUGCAUGAUAAAAUAUUUGGAACCAAAGGCAAUGGUAGAAUGAAUUCUCAUGACCAUUACAGUUCAAUGGAUGAAUCCUGCAAUCAUGUUUCUCUUGGCUGAUAAAAUUUGUAGUAGGGCACAAAAUUGUGAUGGUUCCAAAUUUCAUAUUAACCACACUUUUGAUAUUCUAUAAGGAUUGUGCUAGGUUUGAUAGAAGUUUUAGUAGUUGUAAUAGAAUGUUCUUGCUGACAUAUCUUACAGGUGCUAUUCCUUUUA